AUGUCGUUCGCCAAGUACAUUCUGCCCGCGCUGGCUGCCAGCCAGAUGGCUUUCGCCGCUACCUGUGGUGACACUACUAUCGACGCCCAGUCCGAUGCCGAUGGUAUCGCCUCUUGCUCCAAGCUGAAGGGUGAUAUCACCAUCUCCAAGUCCUUCUCCGGCUCCCUCUCCCUCGCCGGUAUCGAGACCGUCACCGGUUCCAUCAUUUGCUCGGGUGGUGAGAACGUCACCGACAUCACCGCGGCCUCCCUGACUUCCAUUGGCGAUGCUUUCAACCUGGAGGGUCUGACCCGCCUGACACAGCUUGCUUUCUCGGAGCUGACCUCCGUCGGCUCCAUCAAGUGGAACGCUCUGCCCAAGCUCCAGUCCCUCAACUUUGACGCUGGUGUCAACCAUGCUGGCGACGUCAGCAUCCAGAACACUGGUCUGACCUCCCUGGACGGUAUCUCCCUGAAGACUGUCAACCUGUUCGAGAUUGAGAACAACCGUGAUCUCCAGAAGAUCAACAUCAACAACCUGCAGAACGCCACCGACCUGAUCAACUUCUCCGGUAACUACGAUGCUCUCGAGAUUGAGCUCCCCAACCUCGGCACCGGUACCAACAUGACCUUCCGUAACAUCUCCAGCAUCUCCGUUCCCUCUCUGGAGAAGCUCACCGGUCAGCUGGGCUUCUGGGGUACCGAGUUCAUGACUUUCUCUGCUCCCAACCUGACCUCCACCGGUGACCUCGUUUUCAUGGACAACUCCAAGCUCUCCAACAUCUCCAUGCCCGUUCUGACCAAGGUUAACGGUGGAUUCAACAUUGCCCGUAACGACAAGCUGUCCACCAUUGACCUGCCCAAACUGGAGACGGUUACUGGUGCCAUUGACUUCAGCGGCAUGUUCAACAAUGUUGACCUUGAUGGUCUGACCGAUGUCGAGGGUGGCUUCAACCUGCAGAGCACUGAGGGCACCUUCAACUGCACCCACUUCCAGAACAUCCGCAAGACCGUUAUCAAGGGUACUUUCCACUGUGACGCCAAGACCAACAACCCUACCACCUCCAACGGCAAGUCCGGCACUACCUCCAGCACUGGCAGCUCUACCUCUGCCACCAGCUCCGGUGCUGCUGUCGCCAACGGUGCCAGCAUGGCCGUCGGUGGUGUUGCCGCCUUCUUCUACACCCUUGCUCAGCUCCUGUAA